CAACAUUUACUGAGUGGCUCUACCGGGCAAAGUGUCGGGUAUACAGAAAUAAACUAGACACAGUCCUUGCCCCAAGGAACUCACCACCUAUGGGAGAAGACAGACCCCAAGGGAGUCUUGGGCUCAGUUUGUCGUCUCUUGGCAGACUCCAGGAGCAUUGUACUUGUGCAGUUGCUCUGUUAAAUCGCAGAAUUUACUGCCACCAAGACGCAAGGUGGAAAAUCUAAGAUGGACAUUUUAGAAGUGAAUGGGAUGGUGGCAUGAACACCUCACCUGUUGUCACUCUCCUUCCUGACAGCCUGUCACUGAAUGAAAACUCCACGAGGGCAGAGAUUGCAUUUGUCUUGCACAUAAAACUGCCUGGCACACAUAAGUGCUCAGUAAAUUUCCUGAUGGGUGAACGGAGAUGCCAUCCAGAAUCUGAAGCUGGAUUUUGGCAUCAGAAGAUCAAAACCAUCUGGACUCCCUUGGUGUCGCUUGCUUCUUCAAUGCAUGGGCUCUCUGGAGGACGAUGGCAGAACCUGCUCCACAGAAGUACAGAAGGGGCAGUAUUUCGAGCAUUAGCUAGUCUUCCGUAAACAAAUGCUCUGGAAAUGUGCUCACAGGGGGAGUAGUCUGGAUUUCCUGGGUCGCAAGUGAAAUGUGUAUCUUGGCUUUACUCUGCUAAGACUGCAACCCCUCUGAGACCACUUCCUUGCCUUGGUCCAUAGUCCCCUUGGGGGCAUCAUUGAUUCUGCUGAGUGAAGAACUGCCGUAUUUCAGGAGGCACCAUAGGAACCCAGGGAAGAAGGGGUAGAAGAAAACUUGCUUUAUUUGACGAAUGGAAUUCCUUGGCUGUUUAUGUUUCAAUGGAUAACACAGUGGUCAUUGAAGAUAUCAAAAAAAUGUGCUGCAUCCUUUCCUCGAGUGCUGACACAGUUGGUGAGAGCCCUCCCAGCACUCUGAAUGCCUCGAACCAGAGUAGGAGCGCCUUUGCCUGCUGCCCAGUCUGGAAACCCCUGCUGCUCAUUGUGCCCCUUCGCCUGGGCAUAAACCAAAUCAACCCUGUCUAUGUUGAUGCGUUCAAAGAGUGUUUUAAGAUGCCCCAGUCUUUAGGGGCCUUAGGAGGAAAACCAAAUAACGCCUAUUAUUUCAUAGGAUUCUUAGGUGAUGAGCUCAUUUUCUUAGACCCUCACACAACCCAGACUUUUGUUGACAUGGAAGAGAAUGGAAUGGUUGAUGACCAGACUUUCCAUUGCCUGCAAUCCCCACAGCGAAUGAACAUCUUGAACUUGGAUCCUUCUGUAGCAUUGGGAUUUUUCUGCAAAGAAGAAAAAGACUUUGAUAGCUGGUGUAGCCUUGUUCAGAAGGAAAUUCUAAAGGAAAAUUUAAGGAUGUUUGAAUUAGUUCAGAAACACCCAUCGCACUGGCCUCCCUUUGUUCCUCCAGCCAAGCCGGAAGUGACAACCACCGGGGCAGAAUUCAUCGACUCUGCUGAACAACUAGAGGAGUCUGAUCUGGAGGAAGAUUUCGAGAUUCUGAGCGUAUAGAAUAAUGAAACCUCAACUCAGCGAUCUGUCUUCCAUCUGGCACCAGAAGAACACAAAGCCUUUUCAUAACACUUUUCUAGUCAGCAAGUGCCUGAUAUGCCAACAGCAUACAGACUUGAUAGCAAUCAUGACUGAGCCAAUCAUCGUUUCUCAGAAAACAAAUAAACAACAGCAACCUUUCUCCAGAACGAACUAGAACAAUUAUGGAAUGUAGGAGCAGAAAGAUUAGGAGCCGUCCCUCGCUUCCUGCUUGUCUUACCUGGCCACCGCGAGUCUCCAGCUACUGAAACAAGGAGGUGUAGGUCUGGAAGACAGCACCAGCAGAGGACAGAUGGUUACCCUGUGCUUCUUCACCCUUUCAGGUGUGACCUCUUUGGGGCUAAAUACUAAGAAGCAAUCUAUUCUCCUGCUCUAAUAAUAAAGUGAUUGCAUCAGGGAGAGAAAGGUCUUGUUAAAUUAUUUGAAUAUGUAUUUUGAAUAAUUACAAUUUAUAACAAAAAUGUGUUAAAGAAACUACGUCAAAUGUGCACUCCUUGGCCUCCUUCCUAUGUGAGGGAACCUCACCACCCGAUGGGUUACUGUCACUGUCCUUAGGGAUGUUUUUUCCAGAUGUCACCCUGUCCUUAAAUCAUGAUUGCUUAAAUCGGGGGUCAGCAUACUUUUUCUGUGAAGGGCAAACUAGUAAAUGUUUUAGGCUUUGUGGGCCAUGUGGCCUCUGUCACAGCUACUCAGCUCUGCUGUUGAAGUACAAAAGCAGCCAUAGACAGGGUGCCCACAAAUUAGCCUGGAUGUAAGCCAAUAAAACUUUAUUUAUAAAAACAGGUGGCGAGUUGGGUUUGGCUUGCAGGCUGUACAGUUUGCCAAUCACUGACUUAAAUGUUUAUUUUGGGAAAAUAAAAAAUUGUGUCUGAAUUAGACUCCACUUUGCUUGACAGCUGUAAUUAGAAAAAAUAUUCGCACGAUGACAUUUAAUCUUAAGUGCAUCAGAUGCCAUUCCAAGCCACUUCAGGAUGAGCAACAGAGCAAAUCUUAAAAGCGCAUUUUCAUCAAAUUGGCUUUGCUAAACACUCUCGUGGGGAUGUACUUCAAGUCCAAGUGGUGUCUUGCCACUUCCCUCUCCUUCCCUGUUAACUUGUGUGCAUUUCACCGCCCUCGUCCACCGAGUCCCAAGGAAGGCCAGCAGCCACCGCUUGAAAGCCCACACCAAACCCAGUUUGCUUUGUUUUACUUGUAUAUUUAGGAACAUUAGGACACUUGUUCCCUUAAAUUCCAUUUUAUUCUUUUUUUCCCCAGUAGGCAGUAUAUUCCAGUGGUUCAAAAAUCAAAAGGUGCAAAAUGGUGUGCAGUGAAAUGUCUCUCUCUCUCAGGUUGGUUCCCUUCUCCGAACGCUCCCAGUGUCAUUACUUUCUUGUUUAUUGGUCCAGAAUUCUGUAUUCUGCAUAUACAAAUAUAUGCAUAUAUGUCUUAGAUUUAGUUUCAACAACUUCGUUUCUCUACUUUUGAUUUGUCUAUAAAGCAUCCUGAAGCUCCAGAGCAUAAAAACCCAUUUCCUGUACUCUAGCCCAGACAGUUGUAGGCAUAUUUUGAAACAUGUUGUAGAUUGGUUACCUUCUGCCCUUUGAAUUUAGUUGUAUUUUUCCUGCCUCAGUGUUUUCUUAUAAAGCUCAGCUUGUAUUAAUAGGCUCACGGCGAUGGGGGUGGGGUGAGGCUCACAAAUUGUAGUCAUAUAGACUUUAGAAAAGUUUUCGUCAAAGAAUGUCAGAAGAGUCAAAUGUUGAUAUUUAAUUCCUUUUAUUUGCAAUGUACAAGGCUGACACCAUGCUUAUUACUGAGAUAGGAGGUAAAGGUAACAAUAACUCAGAUUAUACUAAUUAUGCUUGGUCUGUGUUGGCACAGUUUACAUAAUAUUUAAAGAAAUAGAAUCACCUGGAAGGAAUCACCUCAUGUCAACAAAGCUAAGUAUUCUGGGAAACUGAUAAUUACAGAAAAUGGUGAAAACACAUCCCUCUGCACAGAAUACAGUGCACUUUAUAGUCAACUCAGGUUUGCUUUAGGUCUGCCAACUGCUGAAGAAAGGAGUGUGCUCGAUUUUGAUGAGGCUUAAAAAUGUAUUAAAGUCACUUAACAGGCUACCUGUGAAAGAGCAGUUGGAUGGACAUUUUAGUGGAAAGUCUGUAACAACAGCCUCAAAGUGUAAAGGACCCAAAACACCAGAUCUUCGAUCUGCCACAUUGCACACAUCUGGAUGUCAUUUGAAAUAAACAGGGACUUUUGAGAAA